CGCACCGCAAUCAUGUGCGCGCAUCGAUAAAUUCUGCUCGAACAUAGACGCGCGUAAUACUACUGAAGGCGGGGGGGCGCGCGGAGGGGGGCGCGCGCUCGUUGGUGCCUUGGCAACGGCUCGAGACGUCACGCUGUGAAGCAGAGGAAGCGGAGGAACCGAAACGCGAGCGCUAGGGGCGAGGAGGAGGAAGCCCGGAGAGGAGAGCCGGGAGCCGGGGGUGCGCGCUCGGCUCGCCGCCCUCGUCGCACCGAUCACUCGGUCGCCCUGCUGCUGCCGGAGCUGCGACGCCGGGGACACGACGCGUGUGCGUGUCACAGGAGGUUGUGUUCUGCGCGGCUCGUGUGUGUGUGUGCUGCGGUCGCAGGAGGGAUGAGUCCCCGUUCACUCGCCUCCGAUGGAUGCGCCUCUGAACGCUGCGCUGCUCGGCACCACCGACGGCCCCUCCGCGGACAACAACGCGUCUGCGAGCGAUGUCAUGCUGGACAUCGUGUCUCUGGCCCCGGUUCUGAAGGGCCUGUCAACCCCGGGCGCCCCGGGAAACCACACGGCUGGAGGAGAUGCGGCCGCGGCGCACGGCCUCGCCAAGACUGCGGAGCCCGCGUCCGUUCUCCACGGCAUCUCGGUGGCCGUCCAGGCUCUGGUGCUCCUGGCCAUUUUCCUGCUGUCCAGUUUGGGGAACUCGGCCGUCGUCGUGGUCAUCAUAAAACACCGGCAGCUGAGGACGGUGACGAACGCCUUCAUCAUGUCCCUGUCCCUGUCCGACUUCCUCACGGCCGUCCUUUGUCUGCCCUUUUCCUUCAUGAUGCUCUUUAGCAGAGACGGCACGUGGAUUUUCGGGGAGCCGUUCUGCGUCGCCAACGGGUUCUUCAACACCUGCUUCGGCAUCAUCUCCACCCUGACGAUGACUCUGAUCUCCUUCGACCGAUACUAUGCCAUCGUCAGACAGCCCCAGGAGAAGAUCGGGAGGAGGAAGGCCAUCCAGCUGCUGGUGGCGGUCUGGCUGACCGCUGUGUUUUUCUCCUUCCCCUGGUACCUCGUGCUGAGAACAUCCGAGGACGCGGUGCUCCACAAGCGGGGCUUUUACCACUGCAUGUACGUCUUUCACUCGGGGGACUCCAGGAUGGGCACCGCGUACAGCAUCUCCUUGAUCGUGGUGUGCUAUCUCCUCCCCUUCGCCCUCAUGUGCUUCUGCCACUACAACAUCUGCAAGACCGUGCGGCUUUCGGAAAUCCGGGUUCGGCCCGUGACCACGUACGCGCACCUGCUGCGCUUUUACAGCGAGAUGAGGACGGCCACCACCGUGCUCAUCAUGAUCGUGUUCAUCAUCUUCUGCUGGGGGCCUUACUGUCUCAUGGGGAUCAUCACCGCCUUAGGGAGCUACACCUUCAGUCCUGUCAUGGACACCGUGGCCAUUUGGAUGGCGUGGGCCAACGGGGCCAUCAACCCGCUCAUUUACGUGAUAAGGAACCCGAACAUCUCGAUGCUCUUGGGGAGAAGCAGAGAGGAGGGAUACAGGACUAGAAACAUCGCCGCCUACCUGUCGACGCAGGGCCAGAGCCGGGAGGCCCGCACGCGGGUCGACAGGAUCAGGGACCGCUACGUGAGUAGACACGGGGUGGGCAGCAGGCUGUCCUCCUCCAGCCCGGCCAACGGAGGGGACGUCGCCAUGUGGGCGUGUAAGAACCCGGCCGUGCUCUUCUGCAGGGACGGCCAGCCCGACACCGUCUCUGAACCCGUGGCUAAAACGGACACUGCCGACACCAGUCUGUAAAUUUUCUCUGGAGUGUUUUUUUUCCUCAUAGCUGCAGAGAAGGUCUGAAGGAUAUCUUCAUUUCUGGACAUUUUCUGCCAAAAUACCCCUUUCCUUAAUGCCUUGCAGACCAUCGGAGGCCCUGCGAGACAGCAGAGUGACUUUGUGGGGCCGGUAUGCAGUAGGUGGUACGCCAGUCGAGCACUGUGACAGGAAGACAUCAGCUGGACACUUAUCGUGUUCCUUGUUAUCUAGACACACUGUCAUGUCUGCUUUAUAGUAAACCUUCCAGUUUCCGAAUGCUGAAUUUUUGUUAAAAGCAAAUUUUGAUUUGGGAAUUGGGUGUGUACAGUGAGAAAGUCUGUCCAUGUAAGUUGACACACUUUCUCACGUUCUCUGCAUCCAUGAGGUGGGCGGCACAGCGAGUAGCACUGCUGUCUUACAGCG